CUUGCUAUUGGGUUAUUCAUAAGUAUAAGAAGAGGAGGACCUACGAGCCUGAGUACCUAUCCAUCAGCCUUCCCAUACUACUCUUCCAACUUUCGUUCUCACUCAAUUUCAAUCAUCAAAGUCUGUCCCUACUAUCGUUUCGAACUUCGAUCGACUUUAUCAUCAUGUGCCAACACUUUCCCAUUGAGUCAGUGAACCACCUCGGCGGUGAGGAUGCCAUCAUGAGCGGACCUGUUCCCUCUCGGCGUUGCCCUUCCUGCCUCGAGAGAGGACAGACUGUUUGGGUGGCUUGUGGAAAGUGCUGUGCGCAGUGCGGCACCGCCGUGAACUGAGUGACUUGUGCAGUACAUUGUCUCACACAAAGCUUUCAUGGGAACAUAUACUGACACUGGCACAGAGGGUGGCUUCUUACCUCCUCCGAUGAUUGUGCGCCGCAAUUGGCAAUGAAUGAAAUAUAGAUCAUGGUUGGCUGUGGCAUUGUUGGGGGAUGUUGUGUGGGAAAAUGUCAACUUCAGUUUCGGCUCUUUGAUUGGAGUAUCUUCAUCUUGUAUAUUUGUUUUGUCCACGGGGAUAGAAAAAAAGCAUUGGGGUCAAUCUUCUCUCAACUUGCACAAACCACUUUUGUGCCGAAUCAACAAGUAUUAUGUUUAAUAUGUCGCACGAGUUGACGAUGUGUGAUGGAUGUACUUUGGUGUCAUGUUCCGAUUGACGGAUUGAUGACGAUCUUUGGGAGCAACCACCGCCAAGGCACUAGCCCCAAACCAUCCACCAACUGCGGUCUCCAAGCUCACAUCACAGCUUCAAGCCUCCAGCAAAACCCACAGUACACGAUGCAGUCGCUCCGCAGGACAGCAGUGACUGCAGCUCGCAGCGGGCGAACGACCCUCCCCCGUCAGCCGCGCAGAUUCACACACGAUGAACAUGCCCACGGCGGCCACGGCCACGGCCCCGAGCCCGUCAACGAAUCCAUGGGAAACGGUUUCUGGAUAACGAUCGGCGCUGUACCCGUGGGCUGGGCUAUAUAUGCCAUGUCGCGAUCGGACGAUCCCAACGCAGCUCCUCUUGUUACCCGUCUGAUUGACAAGUACACCGAAGCGCAGGAGAAAUGGACAGCCAGGAACGACCUCCACGUGCGGAUGAUCGAGCAAGCUGGCUCUGAGAGGGUCUUGUUCGUGAACUCUACGCCGCAGGAAUAUGUUCCCUUGAAAUUCCCGGAGAUCAUGACCGUCAGCUCCCCAUAUAACGUCCCGGCUAGCAGCCAUGUCAACCUAGACAAGGUCCUCGCGAAGUAUAGACAGGAAGCCAACGAGGACAAUGAACGCAAGUUGGAGGCGCUCCGGAAUGGCACUAUAAAGUCCGAACAGCCUUUCCAACGCUUCCCAGCACCCAGCACAGAGAACAGAAAGUGGCCCAACUGAGCACAGGGAAAACUGUUGAAGGUAGACUGUGUAAAUACUUAGGAAUUGAUAUCCGUUCUCUUUUGUUAUCGUCGCUUAGUAUCAUUAUUCCGAUGAAUAGCCGCUGCGUGUUUCAUUCCAAAGUGUCCCCAUCGACAUACAUGGUCAGAUGCAUGACUGCAAUCUGCCUGAUGUAUUUAUAUACAUGGCAACUGGCAGUAGCUGAGAGCAGGCAUAUUUUCCCUACUGUAGUGGUGGGUGGAUGAUCACGGUGGCUGUGAGGUAAGCUGCAGUGUGGUGCAGUGCUGACUGCCUGACUGCCUGACUGACUGGCGCAGUCCAUACAACCCAAAGUCCGGGUGCUCUGUGUACAUUGGGUGAAACCAGCAAGAUGUAGGCCAUCGGCCGAAU